UUUCUUUGUCAUUUCCUUCUGCCACAGUAUCAUCUUGCAAGUAGUGACUAAUGGGACGAUGAGUUUGACGAGUCCAUUUCCAAGCGUGGCGACCAUCUUAGAGGAUGGCGUCUCCAGUCUUGGACCCGGUGACGCAUCCGCCAACAGUUCGAUGGCUGCAGACAAAUUGGAAUAUGUCAUUACAAAGGAGGUUCUCCAGCUCUACAUCUACUCCUACUUGGAUCGGCUUCUCGUCACGGUUGCCAUGCCCAUCAUCUUCAUCAUCGGUGUCAUUGGGAACGCUUCGGUCAUCGUGGUCUUCCUUCGGAUCAAGGGUAUGAGGACGGUCACCAAUCAUUACCUGAUCAACCUCGCUAUCGCCGACAUGCUCUUCUUCUUGGCCGCCGUGCCGCAGUUCUGGAUUCUUUACGCUACGAGUCCCGUCUUUGCGGAUUACAAGAGCAUCAGCCGUCCUUACUGCAAGAUAACCAUGUUUGCAACCGAUGUUGGAAUUAUAGUGUCUGGACUGACGGUCAUCGUGGUCACUCUGGAGCGAUACGUUGCUAUUUGCUGGCCCCACAAAUUCAAGCAGUUGAGCACGAGACCGCGAGCGAUAUUGGUAUGCGGGUUGAUAUGGCUUUUUACCUGUCUUUACAAAAUUCCCACCAUCAUCUUCGCCGAUUUGUACGAGGUUAAUCUGGUCUGGCCCGAGUCGUCAAACGAGACCGACUUUGAUCAAUACCCAAGGACCAAAGUAGACUGCUCCUAUUGUUUACCAAGAGCACACAAGCCAUGUGGUCGCUUUCGGUUCUCGCUUACUGUAGAUCAGUUCCUCUUGCUCAUGGUGAUACCUGUAACCAUGGUCCUCUAUACCUUGAUAGUGCUCCAACUACAGCGCCUUAGCAAGAGUUCUUCACUGCGUGGUUCUGCAGGGAGUUCUUCAACGCGCAUGAAGAAGCAAGUUGUACGCAUGCUUAUUGUAACCAUCACCGUCUAUAUCAUCUGCAUCACACCAUUUCGUCUGCUCAAUCUCUUCGAUAUAUUCCGGCACAGUCUUCCUCCUGACAUCACCUGGGUUCUCGUCAACACGGCCCGCAUAAUGAUGUACACAAACUCCGCUGUCAAUCCAAUUAUAUAUAACAUCAUGAGCGACCGGUAUCGUCAUGCUUUCCGCCAAACAUUCCUUUGUUGUAUUCCAAGUUAUGUGAAUGUGAACGGAGAGGCGUCCAGUGACAGGAAAUCAAAGUAUACCAACAACGCAAGCACGCGAUUCGAAUAUGAGCGUUCUACGAGGUAAAGAGCUUCAUCAAGGUUGCGUUACCCAUUCGCUCCACUUCAACGAGUUAGGAAAUCUAGCCCUCUUGCUCUCGUGGUGAUCCGGGAAUUCAGAAAGAUUUUCCGGUUGACAUUUUGUGUAAAAUUGAAACAGUGAAUCAUUUAUCCAAACGCAGAUUUUCAAAGUACUGUGAAUUGUCAUGGAUACAAACUAUUGCCAAAAUGUACUGCCAUAAUGUGUUCACACAUUCUUCAUAUUUGGGAGGUCGUCAAACAUUAUCAAGGUAUUACGAACGAAGAAAGGCUUCUGAGUUGGAUUUCUCCGCCAAUGCAUGAGAAAGCAAACAGAUAUUUUUGCUAUGUUGCCUUUAGAGGUGAUUUCUGCAGCAGAUUUCGCGUCGAUUUUCUCAAAGUUACAUUCCUUACGGAAAGCACUGCGAUACAAAAUAUCCUUCAUCUUUCAACGUCAGUUGCUUCGAUAUCUUCGGGCAUACAGUUUAUUGCUAAGAUUAAGUGGAAAAUAAUUAUACGCUACCUGGUCGACAAAAUGCAUAAUAUAAUAUUUUUUUCUGAAAUAAUCAUCGUGUCCACAGUUGUUCGACUUGCGGAAGAUAAGUAACCUGAAGAAUAUCUAAGUGUGGCUGAGUGUAAAUAUAAAGAACAGAACUGAUUAAAGCGACCAUCGGGACUGUGUACUGAUUAUACAAUCUACGUUGAACCCAAGGAAUUCAAUCAUUAAUCCCGCGAAUUAUUGUAGUUUGUCAUAUUUUACUUUAUUCGGGUUACUAAUGUAAAACAAGGCAUUAACAUAAUUCAACAUGAAAUGUUUAUGAAGCUCCACCACUGUUUAACUUGCUCCAACCUCUAAACGAUUUAUCGAGCCACCAAACGCACGUUACCCACGCCAACAACAGGACGAAAUCUUGGAGAUGCCAUCGCUUAGGUUUUGUUUUGUGAUUUGAAGGAAAACGCAGCAAAUAUAGUGUAGUAAACUUUGAAAUGACGGAACCUCUCCCCAUUUAAUAUUAAAUGGAAGGAAAACAAAAGAAUGAGUGAGCACGUUUGAGGCAGAUCAUUUUCGCGACGUAAACGCUGGUUUUUGCUUUCUAUUCAACCGGACGUUCUAUUCAUUGACAAACACUGAUAGACAAUGAUCAAAGUCUUGAACACUGAUCAAUUCUGAGUAUUCGAGGCAGUUCUGAGAAGUACAAUUCCCGUACUUGUAAUCUUAAGAUAUGUACUAUCUUGAUGUUGUUGCUGUACAAAAAACAAAGAUUAUCCAUAAAUGUAUAUUUGGAAUCCGUGUCUGCUGUGGUUCCUGUGUUGAAUUUAUUUUUCUUUGAAAUGAUCACGACAUUUGUAACAUACACCAUUACUUAUUAUACUCUUGUCAAUCACGUGUGCUUUGGAAUGAUGCUGGAGACUACCUAUUGCAUUAAUUUAAAGAACCCAAGGGAUUCUUUAAAUAAGAAACAUUUUACUUUUUUGUUAAUUUGAGUACUUACAAUGCAGAUUCGUAUUUUCUUGAAGCCUACCUGUUUCCAGAAUACCGGUUAUUAGAGAAAUAAUACGGAAUCGACCCAAAGUUUGGCUUUAUACUGUGGACCGCAUCAAAACAUUGUGUAACACAAUCAACAAUCACUGAAUUCAUACUGUCCAUUCAGUUUCACUUUCGAAUUAAUUCGUUAUUUUCUUUAAACACUAGGAUGAAGUAAAUAUCAAAUACGUUUUUCGUCUCUGAUAAUCAUUCAGAUUUGUAACAUCCUUGUCCACUCGUCAUGUCCGUGUACAGCUGGGUUUUUUUUAAUGCAAGGAAAUAUGUAUUAGUGUAUAAGUUAUAUACAGUAGCUUAAGAAUUAUGAAUUGAAAUUAUUGACACGCUCAGUUUUAUGGGUUGAUCAAGGACCCUAGGAAUCAUAAGUUAGAAAUAUUCCUAAAUAGUCAGUGAUAUAUUUAUUAAUUAUAUAUAAUGAAAAUGGUGAUUUUGGUGUGACCCCACAAUUUUCUCAAAUUGUGUGCUUUUUAACGAGGAAUAACCACUAACAAACCACACUGAUGAAUGUAUUGAUAAACGCUUGAACGUAACAUUAUGUAUGACUGUUGUAAUGUUUCUCGAAGUUGCUGUUCUGGCAUCAUUUCAGUAUCUUUUUGAAAAAGAUAUGUGUGUAUGAUCUCUUUGUUCUUUCAUCGUGUUUACAGGACGGAUAUCACACCAUAUUCAAACAGGGAAAUGUAUAUUAUAUUUCAAAUUAGAUGAAUUAUAUGAAAGUAUUUUCUAGCGACGAUCGUAAAGUAUUUUAUCUUCUAUGAAUCCUAUUACAACUACUCUGCAUAUCAAUUGCUCAUUGUAAGCGCAUAAUGUCUUGUGUUGUUGACUCUUUGGAAUUGAUUGAAUUAAAAUACAUUACAUUUAAUGCUACAUUAAAUGUUGUAUGGAAAAAAAAAA